AUGACUUUCACUCAGAAACUUUUUGUUUUUGUAGCUCUUGUGAUCAUUUCAUUCAUAUCAUCAACAUCUAUAGUGGAGUCAAGAAAACUCUCUAACCCUUCCGAUUUUCCGAGCCUUGAAGCAAGAUUGAAGGUGAAUGGUGCCGAGCCUUCGAAUUGUUGGGAAUCACUUUUCAAGCUUCAAGCAUGUAGUGGUGAAAUUAUAACAUUUUUUAUAAAUGGUGAAACCUACUUAGGAAAUGAUUGUUGUAACGCAGUUAGGGUUAUUGGACAUGAUUGUUGGCCUAAAGUUGUUGCUUCACUUGGUUUCACUAAUUUAGAGACUUAUACAUUGGAAGGAUAUUGUGAUGAUGUUGAGAAAGUUCAUUCACACACAUCAACACUAGUUGAGCAUAAGGAGAAUAUUGUUCCAUGA